AUUAGAGUAUUAAAGGCACGAAAAUUAUUCGGGCAGGGAACAUGACUCACGAAGUAAACCGUGGGAGAUGCCCUUAGCAUUCUUCCCUUCGCGGCUCCGCUUCCACUCCUCGCCACGCUGCGAAUCCCAAAUCCGCGCCGAUCCGACGCGAAUCUAGAGGCAGGGGAGACGAUUCGGAUCGAGGCGAGCGCCAUGAACCCGAGGGGCAGCUACCGUAGCGCCAGAACUUCUCUCUUUGAUGGCAUUGAGGAGGGUGGAAUCCGAGCAACAUCCUAUUCUUCACAUGAGAUAGAUGAGCAAGAAAAUGAUCGAGCUAUUGAUGGAUUGCAGGAUCGUGUCAGCAUUCUUAAGCGGUUGUCAGGUGAUAUCCAUGAAGAGGUGGAUACUCAUAACCGUAUGCUAGACCGAAUGGGGAAUGAUAUGGAUACAUCAAGGGGUUUCCUCUCUGGAACCGUGGACAAAUUCAAGAUCGUGUUUGAGACCAAAUCAAGUCGGAGGAUGGGAACCCUUGUAGCAUCAUUCAUUGCGCUUUUUCUGCUGGUGUACUACUUGACCAGGUAGAAGCAUCCUCGAUGAAGCUAUGUGUGCUGGUGUGGUCAAGAACAUGCUGGAACUCUGUGUGCGGAUCUGUUACGUUGCAGUAUAUACCUCAAACUCACUUUCCUAAAAGCGAAGUAUGUUGAUCCGAGUAUCACGAAUUCUGCACUAUAUAACAGUUACAGCCUGUUGGAUCGAGUUUUUGCUCUGUUGCUGUAACUGCAGAAAAUGGAUUCUACUUUGUCGUCUGUUCCUUUGUCAUGCUAUCUGUAUGAUAUAAGCAGUACCUGUAAUCCUUACUAAAGAUGUAUCCAGUUCAGUAUGAAUGUUCGUUGGUUGCCUUUGUA